AUGAAGAAGACGACGGCCGGAGUGAAUCCGUGUAAUAGAUUCGACAAUGCUGAGCUGUGCAUUUUGGUGGACAUCAUGCAGAUCCCGGAAGUGAUAACACGUGAGCGAACGAAUGCCACAGCGAUGGAGACUCUGUGCAUUAUUCUCUACAAGCUAUUCGUUCCCGAGGCUUGA